AUGGAGCACAUCGAACCAUUCCCCCAAAGAGAAAAAGCUUUGCUCGAAGUUCGAGAGAUGAUGAUGCAAAGAGACGGAAACGACGGAGAGACAACGAGAGUGAACAACGCGACUCAAACGAACAACUCUCUCCACGACGCUUUGCGCGCGCGAGAAACCUACGGUUGUUCAACGAAAAGAACAGUCGUUGUUUCAAAGAAGCGGAGGAAUGCAUUAUUAACGCGUCGAGGAGGAAACGCGGGAGAAUUGGACGACGACGGAGACGACUCGAGUCCGACGACCGACGAAGAGGAGGACGAGGACGAAGAUGAUGUCGACGACGACGACGAGGAGGAGAAAGACGACGACCGAAGGAAAGAGAGGCAAAGGAAACCAACGAUACGCUCAGAAGAAAGAAGGACUUCGUGUUCGUCCUCGACGUCGUCGGCGAAAACGUCGCUGGAGAACUUCGUCGAGAGAGAUUCCUUGAAACGUUUCGCCGCGAGGUAUUGCGCGUUACUCCCGAACCCGCGAUCGACCAUCGCGAACGCGUACAGCUGCGACGGAACGCACGUCGCGAGCACGCACGGAGACCACACGGUGAAAAUCAUCGAAGUUUCCAGCGGGACGUUGGUGAAAACACUCUGCGGGCACAGGAGGACGCCGUGGGUCGUUCGGUUUCAUCCGUCGAAUCCGAACGUGUUAGCGAGCGGGUCGUUGGAUAAUACGGUGCGAGUGUGGGAUAUUAGCGGAUGCGAGGAAAGUGGGACGAGAGAGAGUGGGAGCGGCAAGUGCAUUGCGGUGAGGGAUUUUAAUAAACCGAUCGCGUCGAUUGCGUUUUCGCUCGACGGCGGGUGCGUUUUAGUCGCCAGCGGGCACCGGUUGACGUAUUGGAAGUAUCCGGAGUAUCAGGCGCGACUGCGAGAACAACUGCAACAACAACAGAUGAUGAUGAUUGAUAAUGAAGUGAAUAACCCAAGAAGAACACCUGAGAGCACGCAGCAGCAGCAACAACAACAACAACAACAACAGCCAAUUGAAGAGAGUAAGGAGACGGUGAAUAUAUUGUUGAAAACGAAACGGAGUUUGCGAUGCGCUUUGUUUCGCCCGAGAGGGUUGCCGUUGAUUUUGACCGCGGAGGUGAGCGAACACGACAUGGAGCCCACACCUGGCGGUAGCUCUAUCAAUAUGGGAGCAGCAAACAUCGCGGUGACUGGGUUGAGCUAUACCGGCCCGAGUCCGUUCGUGGCGGUGCAAAUGCCGAGUGAUUUGGAGAGCGGGGUGUACGUCGCGAGAGGUUUUCGCGGGAACUUCAACAGCGACCUUAAUCAACUGCGAUAUAGAAACGCAGCGGGACAAGUAGCAGGAGCGAAGAAGAAGAAAGAGCGAGAAGAAGCGAGCAAAAAUAACGACGCGGAGGAGAGAGAGGAGAAGAUACGAGAGCUAUUUCAAAAAGACACCAACAAUCAGGAUGGGACGCAAAACAUUGUAUCGUCGGCUCCCACGACGCGGACGAAUAGAACGAUUCCCGAUUUCGAUCGCGCAUCUUCGCGAAGACGCGCAUCGAUAGACCUCGAACGCGCGCCGGUAUUUCUGAGAGGUCGUUUGCUUGCCCCCAUGGACGUCGAUACGACUGCAGAAGUCGCCGCGGCGGUGGGCGGGUACAUCAGAAGAACGCACAGAAAUGUCCAAGGACAGGAUAAUGUUGACAUGGAUGGAAGAGAAGGAACGGCACCGUCGCUGGCUGGUGCUGAUACGACCGACGGUGACGUCGAAAUCGUCGAAGAUGUGCACGACGCGUACAACGCCGACGCCGGCGAACGACGCCUCGCCGCGAUUCGAAACACCAUCGGCGGUCUUCGCGUCGUCGAUAUUCACGGCCGAGACGCCGCCUACGACGCCGGCGCCUCGCGCUUCGCACAGCAAGUUGCCGAAGAAACCAGCUCUAGGCCUGGACAGGAACAACCGUGCGCGGUGCAAAUUAAGCUGUGGAAAUACAACCCGGCUAACGUAAACGUCGCGCUGGAAAACGCGUGCUUAACUCUACGCCGAGCCGUUCUCUGUUCCGAAAUGGGCGCGCACUUUUCUCCGUGCGGGAACUUCCUCGCCGCGUGCGUCAUAUGUCAACACCACGCGGUCGGUGAACAUAUCUACGAACUCCGCGUCUACUCGUUACAAAAGCGUAACUUUGGCGAAGUUCUCUCGGCUCGCCGCAUUCGCGCGGCGCACUGUCUCACCUCGGUGCAAUUCUCCCCAACUUCCGAACACGUCCUCGUCGCGUACGGCCGCAAACACUCCUCCUUAAUACUCCUCGUCGCGGAUGGUGGCAACUACCAACCAGUUCACACCAUCCUCGAAGUUUACCGCGUCGCCGACAUGGGCCUCGUCCGAGUCAUUCCUUCCGCCGAAGACGAAGUCAACGCCGCCACCUUCCACCCGCACCCGGGCGGAGGUCUAGUCUACGGAACAAAAGAAGGACGUUUGCGUCUCUUGCGUUUCGACGGCGGUCGCGACAAGCGCUACUGGAAGAACAAAAACCGAAACCGACGACCGAACAGCCCGACAUCCACGCCCUCUCUCGAAGACGAGCUCAUGAUUCGAAGGCGAGGGGCGAACGAAGAGAGCAACUCGGACGAAGACGACGAUUACAUCGACGCAGACGUAAACGACGGAAACAACAACAUUAAUCUCGCCGCGACGACUGAAACGUAA